AUGGCGCCAGCAGGUGGUGGAAAUAUCAAGGUGGUGGUGAGAGUGAGACCAUUCAACAGUAGAGAAAUCGACCGGGGUUCAAAAUGCAUCAUAGAGAUGAAAGACAACCAGACGAUCCUCACCACACCCGCCGACGCUCACACGAAGAACGCAAAGGAUGCUGGCCAGAAGGUCUUCGCCUUCGAUAGGUCAUACUGGUCGUUCGACCGCAAGGACUCCCACUAUGCCGGUCAGGACAACCUCUUCGACGACCUCGGCCAGCCCCUCCUGGACAACGCAUUCGGCGGCUACAACAACUGUAUCUUCGCUUAUGGUCAAACGGGUUCCGGAAAGUCCUACUCGAUGAUGGGGUACGGCAAGGAGGUCGGUAUCAUCCCAAACAUUUGCCAAGACAUGUUUAGGAGAAUCACAGCUUUGCAGGAGGACAAGAACCUGCGCUGUACCGUGGAAGUGUCAUAUCUCGAGAUCUACAACGAGCGGGUGCGAGAUUUGCUCAACCCGUCAACCAAAGGCAACCUCAAGGUCCGAGAGCAUCCUUCGACUGGACCGUACGUCGAGGAUUUGGCAAAGCUGGUGGUGGGCAGCUUCCAGGAGAUCGAGCACUUGAUGGACGAGGGAAACAAGGCUAGAACUGUCGCGGCAACGAACAUGAACGAGACAUCCAGUCGAAGUCACGCAGUCUUCACCUUGAUGCUCACUCAAAAGAAAUUUGAUCCCGAAACCAAAAUGGAAAUGGAAAAGGUCGCCAAGAUCAGUCUGGUUGAUUUGGCUGGUUCGGAAAGAGCUACCUCGACGGGUGCUACAGGUGCCCGCCUGAAGGAGGGUGCCGAGAUCAACAGGUCACUGUCCUCUCUGGGCCGUGUCAUUUCAGCGCUUGCUGAUAUCUCGACCGGGAAGAAGAAGAAGGGACCUGGUGGCCAGGUUCCUUAUCGAGACAGUGUUCUGACUUGGCUUCUCAAAGAUUCAUUGGGUGGAAACAGUAUGACGGCCAUGAUUGCAGCCAUCAGUCCUGCAGACAUCAACUACGACGAGACGCUCAGUACACUUCGAUAUGCCGACUCAGCCAAGAGAAUCAAGAACCACGCCGUGGUCAACGAAGAUGCCAACGCCCGCAUGAUCAGAGAACUCAAGGAAGAGCUUGCCCUCUUGAGGAACCAACUAGGCGGUGGUGGAGGCGGAGCUGCUGGUGCGGCCGGAGCUGCUGGCGGCGUUGUCACAUCCGAAGAGGUGUAUCCGGAAGGCACGCCUCUAGAGAAGCAAUUCGUGUCCAUUACAUCCAGCGACGGUGCCGUGAAGAAAGUUUCCAAGGCCGAGAUUGCUGAGCAGCUUAACCAAAGUGAGAAGCUGCUGACGGAUCUGAACCAGACAUGGGAGCAGAAACUGGCCAAAACCGAAGAGAUCCACAAGGAGCGCGAGGCUGCACUAGAGGAGCUAGGUAUCAGCAUCGAGAAGGGUUUCAUUGGGCUUUCCACGCCCAAGAAGAUGCCUCAUUUGGUCAACCUCUCAGACGAUCCACUGCUGGCCGAGUGUCUGGUGUACAACCUCAAGCCCGGUUUGACCACGGUGGGAAACAUGGACACGAACGCCGACAACCAAGCCAACAUUCGUCUCAACGGGACGCGAAUAUUGCAUGACCACUGUGCGUUCGAGAACGGACCAGAUGGUACCGUCAUGGUCAUUCCCAGGGAAGGCGCCUCUGUCAUGGUCAAUGGUAAGCGGAUUGAAGAGCCUAAGCAGCUUCACUCCGGCUAUCGAGUCAUUCUGGGCGAUUUUCACAUCUUCCGCUUCAAUCAUCCCAUGGAGGCACAAAAGGAGAGAGCAGACAAGAGCCUUUUGCGCCAGUCUGUCACAGCCAGCCAGCUGCAGAACCUCGAAAAGAGCAUACCUACGCCGUCAGUCAGCCCUCGGCCAGGGCACGAACGGAAUUGGAGCAAGGCUGGAUCGGACUUUGGCGACAGCCGACCGGACUCUCCUAUUCCGUUUCGUAACGGGCGCGAUAAUGACUGGAGCUUCGCGAGGCGUGAGGCAGCAGAGGCCAUACUCGGCACAAACCAGAACCUGGCUAGCCUCACGGACGAGGAGCUCAAUGCCUUGUUCGAGGGUAUCCAAAGAGCGCGCGCCGAACGUGUCAACGGCCGCGAGGGUGACGACGAUACGGAGUCAGUCACUUCAUAUCCUAUCCGAGAAAAGUAUAUGUCAACUGGCACCCUUGACAACUUCUCUCUCGACACUGCGCUCACCAUGCCCUCGACCCCCAAACAGGGUGAGGUGGACGACAAGCUGAGAGAAGUACGAGAGGAGAUGCAAUCUCAGCUCGACCGGCAGAAAGAGGAGUACCAAGACCAGCUCAAGACAGCUGAAGCGGCCAACGUCGAGGUGGAAGAGAUCAAGAAGGAGAAGGUUAGGAUGGAGGAGACUUUGCAAGCACUCAAGGAAGACAUGCAACAGCAACUGGAGGUCCAGCGCCGCCAGUUCGAGGAGAAGCUCGAAAAGAUGGAUCCGCUGAAGAGGCCAAAGGCUAAUCCCAAGCUAUCCGACGAAGAAAUCGAGAUCGCCAAGCAGGUCGUAAAGCACUGGCGGACCAGGCGCUACGUGCGGAUGGCUGAGGCGGUCCUGCAGCACGCCUCAACGUUGAAGGAAGCACAGAUCAUGAGCAACGAGCUCGACGAAGGCGUGGUCUUCCAAUUCACCGUCGUCGACCUUGGUCAUUCCCUCUGCUCUACCUACGACAUGGUUCUGAACGGGUUGACAGGUGAAGGAGACGAUAUCGCUCUCGACGAGGCUCAGAAACCAUGCAUCGGCGUUCGUGUCAUCGACUACAAGAACAGUGUUGUCCAUUUGUGGAGUCUCGAGAAGCUCCACGACCGAGUUCGCCAAAUGCGACAGAUGCACCAAUACCUCGACCAGCCAGAGUACGCACAGCACUUGAGUCUCGACAAUCCCUUCAUCGAAACAUGCAUGCCGCAGUACACUCUUGUGGGAGAGGUCGACGUGCCUCUGAAGGCGGUGUUCGAAAGCAGGGUUCAGGACUUUGCUCUCGACGUCCUCUCUCCACACACUUCCCAUGCUAUCGGCAUGAUCAAGCUUUCCUUGGAGCCAUCACACGCUCGGGCACCUUCAAAUACGCUGAAGUUCAAUGUUGUUAUGCACGAGAUGGUGGGAUUCGCCGAGAGGGAGGGCACAGAGGUUCAUGCUCAGCUGUUCAUCCCCGGUGUGUCCGAGGAAGAUGGCAUCACGACUACCCAGAUGGUCAAGGACUUUGACGAAGGACCAAUUCGAUUUGAGAGCGUGCAUAGCAUGAGCGUCCCUCUCUUCAGCCCACAAAGCGUUACCCUUCGGGCGGCCAUUUUCGCCAAGGUAUCCGCCAUGCACCUGGACAAACUAUUGAGCUGGGACGAUAUGAGAGACGCUGUGCCCGUGUCCCGAGGAAAGCCUAAAGGCGCAAGGAUUGCGGAGUCCCAGUUUUACACUGAGGAGAAGCAUGAUUUGCUGGCAAGGAUACAGAUCCUCGAGCUCAACGAAGAGGGAGAGUAUGCGCCCGUCGAAGUCGCGCAAACGAGCGAGAUGGACGGCGGUACUUUCCAACUCCACCAAGGGCUCCAACGUCGCAUUGCCAUCAACAUCACGCACAGUUCUGGCGAUGCGUUGCCCUGGGACGAUGCGAUGAACCUUAGAGUGGGCAAGAUUCAACUCCUGGACCAAGCAGGAAAGUCUCCCGACAUGACCUCCACGUCGCCAACCAUUACUCUCAAGCUCGCCAACAAGCCUGCUUUCCGCGAAAACGCCAAUGGUACCCGAAGCAUCACACUCACCGGUCAGUGGGAUUCCAGCUUACACAACUCUCUGCUCCUGGACAGAGUCACCGCGGAUAAGUACCGCGUUCAGAUGACUGUAGCCUGGGAAGUCAGCUCCAACAAGUUUGCGGAACCGAUGAAAUUUGCGAUGCGUGUCUGUUGUCAGAUCAUGUCAAGAUCUUGGGUUCGACAGACGUCCAUGUUUUCCUCGCUGUGGCAAAGUGUCCGAUUCGUUCAUGCAACGAGUGGCAUCUUCACACUCUCCAUGAGGCCAGCACCUAUUAAGAGAAUAGGUGACCUCUGGAGGAUGAGCAGCCAGCACGAUUAUGUCAAGGGAGAAGAACAACUUACUACCUGGACUCCUCGUGGUGUUUCUCUCGUCAGCGACUUCAUACUCGCUCGUAAGAAAAGAAGCCGAAUCGCUGAGAUUGGGGCCGUGCAGACUCUUAUAAAGAAGAUUGGCCUGCCUGAGCCGAAGGUAAAGCCAGAAGAGGAAGAGACCCAGGAGGAGGAUUUGCCUCCUCAGCCAACAUACCACAAUGAAGACGACGACCUGCUGAACGAUACACCGGAGAGCUCCCAGGUGCCAGAGGACGAGGACCUUGUCAACGGUGACGGCCAAGACACCCCACAACCCGAAGAAGAGACUGUGACAGUGCAAACACCGCAGGAACCAGAAAUCCCAGAGCGGGAGAAGCAAAUCCUCGGAAAGUGCAUCAGCCUCUGGCACAAGUAUCCGGAUCCACUACUACAAAUCCUUAGCCCGGCCAACACCGAUCCACCGACGGACGGUUCUGCACCGGAGGCAUCCACCCCGCCCAGUCUGAUCCCAACAAUCAUCAGAGUGCCCAAGAACCCAAAGGUGCUCAAAGGUGGUUACCUGCUCAUCCCCAACAGCAGCUCAACAAGAUGGGUCAAGAGGUUUGUCGAGUUGAGGCGGCCAUACCUUCACAUUCACUCUGUCACUGAUGGGGACGAGGUGGCUAUUGUCAGCUUGCGAAACUCGCGCGUUGACAGCCAACCCGGCGUCAUUGGCCUGCUGUCUGGUGACGAUGACGAUGCGGGCUCCCAGACAAAUGGCAGCAGCGAAGAGUUCCGUCCAAGCCAUCGGCGAACUGCUUCCGGGCGCGUCAUCUCGACCAUCUGGACAGGUACUGGAACCGGCGGUGCAGCAAAUGGUGCGGGCGGCGGUCUGCAGAGGCUCAGCGAGCGAUUGCAAGCCGGCGUGUUUGCCAUCUACGGUACGGACAACACGUGGCUGUUUGCCGCGCGUAGCGAGCGUGACAAGAUGGAUUGGAUCUUCCGCAUCGACCAGAGUUACUUCUCGGGAAGUGACAGCGCCAAUGGCAGCGGUGCGGGAAGCCCCGACAGAUAUGACGACUCUCUCAUUGGCGGGUACUGA